AUGGAAACUUCAACACCCUUAAUUGGUAAUUCUCCACAUUCUAGACAUUCACCUUUCCUAACUGGACAUGUAUUUAAUAGUUAUCAUAGUGAAACACAGAUUAUUAGAUAUAUGAAAAGACUUGAAAAUAAAGAUCUCUCACUCGUCCAUUCAAUGAUUCCCCUAGGUUCUUGUACUAUGAAAUUAAAUGCAAGUUGUGAAUUAAUUCCUAUAAGUUGGCCAGAAUUAGCUAAUAUUCACCCUUUUGUACCUACAGAACAAGCAAAAGGAUAUUCUAAAAUUUUUAAUGAUUUGGAACGUUGGUUGUGUGAACUUACUGGUUAUGAUAAAUUCUCUUUACAGCCAAAUAGGUACUAGUAAAUAAUUAUUUAUAAAAAUAACUUUCAUGAUGUGUCGAUAAUUUAAAAUUUUUUUAAAUUUAGUGAAUUUAACUGAAAAUAUUUAAAUUGAAUAAGUUAAACUUUAGACUUCUGAAAUGAGUUAAACCCUUGUUUUAAGGGACUUCUUUAGUAAUUGUUUUAGUUUAAGAUCUCGCCCCCUCCACCGUCCGUUUCCAUUUUAAGUUAUAUUCGGAAAGCUCGUCGAGCCGGGUCCAAUGAGUACUAGCUGGUGGAAAAACCUCCGAAUGAGUCAUUAGUUUAGGCGCUUUUUUACUAUUCUCCGAACUAGUCAAAUUUUUGG